CGCGCACUGUGUCGACCAUAUUCUCUUCGCGAACACACCUAAUUCUCGAAAUAACUACGCUAAGCUAUAACUGACUGCCUGGAAUGGCAGAAACGACUGACCCAUAUGCUGUGCUUCAGCAGCUCGAGCAAGAACAAGGCGACCUGAAGAAGAAGCUCGCGAUCAUUCGAAUCAGCGAGCCCAUUUCUGAUGUCGGCGGUUCCAAUCCGUCUCCCUCGAAGCGUGGCUCCGAUGUCUCUAUAUCCAAUUUGAACGAUCCAACGCCUGCCUCGCUCGAGGCAGAUCUCACUCACUACAAGGAACUAUUCUCCAAACUACGAUUCUCCUACCUCGAGCAAGUGACCAAGGAAAAAUUCCUCCGCGCAAUCGUGGGUGAUCCACCCCUCGUCGUCGGACACAAUGAGAAUGUGGAAUUGGAGACCCAGCUGGCAGAGGUAAAAGCCGAGCUCAAGUCGCGAAAGGAAGAGGCCCGUCUCAUGAUCGAGGAAAUGGAGACAAUGAGUCGAGAAUUGGCACGCCGCUACAAGAAUGUCGAGGUCCAAAUGACACAGCUCUCGACUCUCCCCGACUCAAUCGAGAACCUCGAGUCCACAAUCGCGGGCCUGCGCGCGAAACAGGUCGCCAGUAUGACAUCCUCCGACCCUCGAUCCUCCCAAAAUCUACCACUUCCGGCUACCAUGGCCCUACUAUCGGAACGGGAGGCCGAACUGGCCGCGCUGAACCGCCAAAUCCUUGCCGUCCAAAAUACCCUGCCUCGCAAAACUCGGGAAGCCGAGGCCAUUGAGCGGGAGUGCUCUGUGCUUGAGCGACGGAAGGUCGAGGCGGUUACACAGGCGCGCGAGGCCCAGCGCAAGAAGCAGCAGGGUGAGAGCGAUGGGCUCGAGGAAAUGGGUCGCUGGUACAGAGGUGCGGAAGAGACAUUGAAACAAAUAGUUGGUGUUUAGAGACAAGGCGCUACUGGAGUUAGAUGCUGCUCUCGCCUCUGGCAAUGAUUAACAUGACAGGUGAAACCGUGGGGGUGGGGAAUGGCGUUAGGGAAUUAUAUUGGAAUUACAUUAUUUUACAUACUGUCUACAGCGGUAAAAG